CAAGGCUGCCUUCUGCAAGAAGUGUCUGGACAAGGCAAUGGAAACAAAAUCGUGCUGUCCAGUCUGCAGUGCUGUUAUCGGGAAACUGACAGGCAACCAGCCUGAAGGAAAAAUGAAAGUUUCAUACAACAACAAAAUGACUCUUUGUGGCUAUAAACACACUGAAGUCAUUGUCAUAGACUACGUCUUCAAGGAUGGAACACAGGGGCCACAGCAUCCCAAUCCAGGCAAGCCCUACAAAGGAACAUGUCGUACCGCGUAUCUGCCUCGUAAUACUGAUGGGGAAAAAGUGCUGAGUCUGCUGAAACAGGCAUUCAACCAGAGGCUGACCUUCACCAUUGGGACAUCGGCUACAACAGGACAAAGUGACAAAGUUGUUUGGAACGACAUUCACCACAAGACCCGCACAUAUGGAGGACCAAGCAUGCAUGGUUAUCCUGAUCCUGGCUACCUGAAAAGGGUGACAGAGGAUUUGGCUGCCAAAGGCAUCAAGUAGUUAAGGCAGUUAAAUAAUCAACUUCAACAUACUGAAAACACUUGUCAAUGUAUUAGAUAAAUGAAGAAUUUUUAUGAAACAGUGCUGUAAUUAAGAAUUAAGAUAAACUACUCUGUGGAUUAGGAGCAAAUGUUGUACCAUUACAACAAUUUUUGAAUGAUUGCAAUGUUUGUGCAGGAGCAGGGCAUGUAUGUUGUAAUACUUGUUAUUAGAUCAGACUGCCUUGGAAAUAUUUUGUUUAUGUUUGCAUUCAUGAUAUACAUGUAAGCAACAAUCAUAUAUUUGCCCAUAUCAUUUUUGCUGUUUUCUAC